GAAUAUAUCAAAGACAUGGCAUUCUCUAAGCAGCAAGAUACGUCUGGGCAACUGGUCCAGCUUUCAAGUGCGAACAUCGGAUUCGCCCUGGAUCUUUAUCAAACUCUUCAAGAUGAACGGAGAGGUACAAAUCUGUUCUUCUCCCCUCUCAGCAUAUCGACCGCCCUGGCUAUGACACAGCUAGGAGCCCGAGGUGAUACAGCAACUCAAAUCGCUGAUGUCUUCCGUUUCAAUCAGGUAGACCAAGAUCAACUUCAUGGAACAUUCAAAGAGCUAAACAACUUGCUUUACCAAACAGAUUCCGGUUACAAACUUCAUUCCGCCAACAGGCUCUAUGGCAAAUCUGGCUACAACUUCGUUCAGUCAUUUCUUGAAGGAACUGUUUUCUAUUAUGGAGCAGCCAUUGAGGCGGUAAAUGACUUUGCAUCUCCAAUUGCCACUCAAUCAAUCAAUGAUUGGGUCUCAAAGCAGACCGAGGGUAAAAUAAAAAACUUGAUUGCUCCCGGAACCCUAAAUGAUCUCACACGCCUUGUCCUGGUGAAUGCCAUUUAUUUCAAGGCGAACUGGAAAUCUAAAUUUUAUGCCGAAAAUACUACUCAUGAUACAUGUACAUUCAAGGUUUUCGAUGAGAGGUAUAAGGUUCCGGUGAGUCUUAUGAGUCAAAAGGGAAGAUUUGCUUUGACUGUUGACAACACAAAUGACUGUCUUGUGCUAGAGCUGCCUUAUGAAAGCCACAAUCUGAGUCUAUUGAUUGCUCUUCCCACCAAAGAUGAUGGCCUUGGUCAACUUGAGACGAAGCUCUCUGUGGACGUCCUGCAAUCCUGGGACGUAGGGCUCAAAUCAAGAAGAGUGAACGUGCUAUUACCAAAGUUCAAACUAGAAGCAACAUUCCAACUGAAGGAGGUUUUGAAACGAAUGGGAAUGCCCGACGCUUUUGAUGAGGAUAGGGCUAACUUCAAAGGCAUCUCAAGUGAAGAAAGAGAGUUUUACAUCUCUGCCGUCAUCCACAAGGCCUUUAUUAAUGUCAAUGAGGAAGGGAGUGAGGCAGCUGCUGCAACGGCUUUUGUGAUGGCAGGAGGCGGUCCACGAAUAGAACGUGAGAAGCCGAUCCUGUUUCGAGCAGACCACCCAUUUCUCUUCAUGAUUCGUCACCGGUCGACGAAAUCGGUCCUUUUCAUGGGGCGAAUGAUGGAUCCAUCCUAGAUUUUGACCGCCAUGUCCACGCUUUAAAAAUUAUUACAUUUUCUGUUUUGGCAGUUUAAUCGAAUAAGCAAAAUCAAAGACUUUCCACGCCUUAGAAGUAAUCAAAUUUGUCCGUUUUGGCAGUUUAAUCGAAUAAACAAAAUCAAAGACUUUCCACGCUUUAAAAUUAAUCAAAUUUGUCUGUUUGGGCAGUUUAAUCGAAGAAACAAAAUCAAAGACACUUCACGCUUUAGAAUUAAUCAAAUUUGUCUGCUUUGGCAGUUUACUCGAAUAAACAAAAUCAAAGACACUUCACGCUUUAAAAAUUAUUACAUUUUCUGUUUUGGCAGUUUAAUCGAAUAAGCAAAAUCAAAGACUUUCCACGCCUUAGAAGUAAUCAAAUUUGUCCGUUUUGGCAGUUUAAUCGAAUAAACAAAAUCAAAGACUUUCCACGCUUUAAAAUUAAUCAAAUUUGUCUGUUUGGGCAGUUUAAUCGAAGAAACAAAAUCAAAGACACUUCACGCUUUAGAAUUAAUCAAAUUUGUCUGCUUUGGCAGUUUACUCGAAUAAACAAAAUCAAAGACUUUUCGUUCAUUUCGACGUUUUCUGAGUCACGCGAAUAGCCUAGUGUUGAUUAAUUACUUGAUAUAUUCUAUAUUGUGUAUACAAUCAACAAAUGCUUUUGGGAUGAACUCUAUAAGCUUGUUUCCAUUAUCUAUUCCUUUUGAGAGAUAAACUGUUUAUUAAUCAGGCCAUGACGUCAUAAUAUAAAUGUUUCUUACGUUAUGAUACCCAUUGUCUCUUUUUCUUCAGACGAGAAUCAAGUAAUCGUUGAUGGGUAGAGGUCACUGCUAUCGUAUGCCGAUUACCACAGACUGGUUAUAUUGGUUUUAAUUAUUGCUAUACAACACUAAACAUAGAACCCCACAUUUGAAAUUAUCCAACAGUAUUAACAAGGGCAAAUGCAUAGGAUAAAAAAAUAUGCGAGUGAUUGAAAAAUAAAUAUAUACAACAAUGUAUUGUAAUUUAACAACUAAGGGGUUACAUAACAAGCGCAUAGCAAACUAUAUUCUUGACAUAUUAUUAUUAUUUUGGGUAAAAAGAUUAUUCAUAUACGGUUCUCCCUUUUUUACAUAUUAGCCAGCCCAUGGAAUUUUUAUUGAAAGAAUGCGUCAUAAAAAAAUAAAAAAGUAGGUACCUGACUAAAAUUCAAAAGUAAAUACCUGAAAAUCUCAUUUACAUAUUAAGUAGCUUUGUUGAACUUGACGGAUACUUUAUUGUUCAUUUACAGAAUUUAUUAUGUGUGUAAAUAUUUGAACGGUAUGCCGGAUGAUAUAACCUUGUGCCCACUGACAAAAACUGAAUCAAACUAUAUAUAUCUUGAAUAUAUAUAUCAUGGAAAAAUGAAAAACUUAGCGUGUACGUGUAGAUAUACCGAAACAAACGAUGUCCGUAUGUCCAUAAUGCUUCAUAUAGGCUUUGUUCAUUUUUUAGUUUAUGUGUUUGAAUCGUCAAAAUGUACCUGCGAGUCUUCAGAAUUCUGUCCUAUAGGCUUUUACGAAUCAGUCGGGUCACGACGCCUGGAAUCGGGAAACGAAUCCCAUUAGGACUACAGUUGCCCCGGAUUCAACAUACUUGAAGACACCGUACAAAAGAUUGUGGAAUUUACAGCCAGCACGCCGCCCCGCGAUCCGGCUGUUUAGCAAUAGCCUUGUAGGCAUGUACAAUUGAAGCAUUAUGAACUGAAAGAAAUCGAAUCAACUGAAUUCAAUUAAUAUCCGGUGGCUCUACUGGAGAAUAUUUGAAAGAUAUUUUAAUGUAAUAUCAUUGUUUAUCUUGAAUCUAAUAAAAUGUAGUUUUAAAAUGGAAA